AUGGCGUGUGUCAUGGAGAUGGCCUCGUACCAAGAAAAUCUCGGGACACUAGAGAUCCCAGAGGAUGAUUUGCUUACAGCUGACCUUAGUAUCUCCCCAGCAACGUAUGUUCGACAAGCAGGUCGUCCAAGGAAACGACGUAUCAGAUCCCAUGGUGAGAGCAACAUGCCGAUUAACAGCAUAGGUCAAAUUGUCGAUCAGCAUAUAUUUAUCUCGAACAUAGACUGGUGGGGUAUACUAAGGUCAGCUGUAAGUAAACCGUCCUCAGGGAUCUGUAGUGUUCCGAGAUUUUCUUGGUCCGAGGCCGUCUCCAUGGCACACGCCCUCAAUGUAACGGUGAACCAAGAAUGGCUACACUCGGUAAUUUUACCAGCUCUCGUAUAUUUAGUGUUUAAAACAUAG